AUUUUACAUUUCCAAUAAAUGAUUCUCAUUGGUUGAUAAAUAAUUUUAUGACAAAUAGUAAGACAGUGGGAAGAUGACAGACAACUGAGGAACUUAAAUGCGUUAAAGUAAAAAUAUAUAGUUGCUCACCUUACUGUUUUUUCCAUUUUUAUACUCCAUUUAUGAUUACAAGUUAUCUGAUGGAACUGUGCUUAUUUGCAUAAUAAACAUUGAAACAAUAAAUUUCAUAUAAUCUUACAACUUACUAAUAUCAAGAAGAUACAUCAUUUUUUCUUUAUUUCAAAACUGAAGUUAUUCAACAGUUGAUUUGCAGUGAUAUUACACAACGGAUUAUUUUUAAAAAUAACAAAAUUUAAAUUAAUACAUGAGUGAACUCAAUCUGGAAUUGAAAAGACCAGUUGUUAUAUGUGGUCCAUCAGGAUGUGGGAAAAGUACUUGUAUAAGAAUGCUUAUCAAUAAAUAUCCAAAUUCUUUUCGUUAUUGUGUAUCCCAUACCACUCGGCCCAGACGUCCAGAUGAAAUUCAUACAAGAGAUUAUAACUUUGUGUCUAAAGAAGAAUUUGACGAAGCAAUCAACAAAGACGAAUUUAUUGAAUACGUAAUGUUUUCUGGACAUUAUUAUGGGACGAGUAAAACUGAAUUGAAAAAAGCUGAAUUGGAGAAACGUGUCUGUUUAAUGGAUGUCGAUAUACAAGGUGUUGAGAAGUUACAGAAAACAAAUAUUAAUCCAGUUUGUAUUUUUAUACGUCCUAGAAGUUUUGCUAUACUUGAGAAACGAUUAAGAUCUCGUUCUACCGAAAGUGAAGAUAGAAUUCUUCAACGUCUUGCAGUUGCACAUCAGGAAAUGCAGUACGGAAUAUCUGAAGGGAAAUUUGAUGCUGUUAUUGUCAAUGAUAAUGCUGAUAAAAUGGUGCAAGAGGUUAUUGAUGUGAUACAACAAAAAUUGAGUAUUUAAUGGAUUAAAUACUAUUGAUAAUAUAUUUCAUAUUUUAUCAAACUGUCUUGAAGAGAUCAAGAGAGAGAGAGUUUAUUCUGACUAUCUCGUUUGAAUUAUAUCAUGUUAAAAAAAUAAUAGACUAUUUAAUUUAUUUACCCUGUGAUGUAUUUUUAUGAAUAAAAAUGCCGUUAUUUCAUAAUAA